AUGCGGAUCACGAUUUUACUUUUGCUUGUUGGAAUAUGCAUUGUAAGUGCAAAGUAUUUGCCAUAUGAAAAUGAAUCUAGUGUAUUGUUAAGAAAUAAAAGAUCAAAUUCUGAAGAGUCAAAUACAUCAGUUGAAAGUGAUAACGAUUCUAGUGACAACGAGGAUGACGAUGAUUCUGGAGAGCUACAAAUCGAUAAACAGAGACGUAAGAAAGAAGAAGAACAGAGAAAACUUGAAGAAAAAAAAGCUAAAGAACUGCGUAAGCAAGAAGAAAAACGACAAAAAGAGGAACGUAAACGUCUGGAAAGAAUAGAAAAAGAAAAGCGUAAAGAAGAAGAGAAAAAGAAAAAACUUUUAGAAAAACAAGAGAAGGAAGAGAAGAAAAAGCUAAAAAAGCAACUUAAAGAGUUAGAAAAAUUACGAAAAGAAGCAUUAGAAGGAGAAUCCGAUGAAGAUGGCUUUUUAGAAACAGAAGAAGAAAAUUCAGUAGAAUUAGGGAAUAUAUGGAGAAAUCAUAUUUACGUAAAAUACGGGUUAACUUUGGCUAGUACACAUGCAGAAAAGAAAGAGGUCAUCGACAGAUAUUUAUCUGAAGAACUUGGUCUUAACUCAAAUAGCACACAGAGUGAGCGCCAACGAGCUAUAGUAAAACUAAUUGAAACCAAAUUACAGAAUGAUACAGAGUCUAAAGAAGCUUUACGAAAACAAUUGCUUAGUCAAAUUAAUUCUUUAACUAUUAACAAAUUACAAAACAAAUUAAAUAAGGGUAUAGAAAAAUUAACGAACAAAACACAAAUUUUAAAUAAUGUGACCCUUCCUUGGGCUAACGUUGCACGACAAAAUCUGGAAGAAAGAAAAACAUUUUUACAAUCGAUUUCACAAUUCUUGUCUAACGUAUUGCCGAAUUGGGCUACAGGGGCGCAAAACCAGAAUGCUUCUGUACAACAGGAUGUGCAAGCUAAUAAUAAUGCAAUAAAUAUUUCUGAAGGUAAUUACGGAAUUACCGUUAAUGCAGAUAAAAAUGUAGAUUCUAAUGCAGCUGUGCCAUCAGGUGAUACUGGCAUAGAAAAUGAUUCUAAUAUUGCAUCUAAAGAUACAAAUAAUAAUGCAGCAUCUGAUGCUAGUUCAGUGACUUCUAUAAGUAAUGACACUGCCAAUUCACCUGCAGCCAGUAACGUGGCUGAUGUUCAAUCAUCAUCGGGAGCCAGUAAUAUUCCUGCUGUUGAAAUUAAUGUUGGAACUAGUGUAGACUCUAAUACAGCGGUGCUAUCAGGUGAUACUGGUAUAGAAAAUGAUUCUAAUAGUGCAUCUAUAGAUACAAAUAAUAAUGCAGCAUCUGAUGCUAGUUCAGUGACUUCUAUAAGUAAUGACAGUGUUAAUUUUCCUGCAGCCAGUAACGUGGCUGAUGUUCAGUCAUCAUCGGGAGCCAGCAGUAUUCCUGCUGUAGAAAUUGGUGUUGGAACUAGUGUAGAUUCUAAUGCAGCUAUACCAUCAGGUAGUACUGGCAUAGAAAACGAUUCUAUUAUUGCAUCUAUAGAUACAAAUAAUAAUGCAGCAUCUGAUGCUAGUUCAGUGACUUCUAUAAGUAAUGACAGUCCCAAUUCACCUGCAGCCAGUAACGUGGCUGAUGUUCAGUCAUCAUCAGGAGCCAGCAAUAUUCCUGCUGUAGAAAUUAAUGUUGGAACUAGUGUAGAUUCUAAUGCAGCUGUACCAUCAGGUGAUACUGGUAUAGAAAAUGAUUCUAAUAUUGCAUCUAUAGAUACAAAUAAUAAUGCAGCAUCUGAUGCUAGUUCAGUGACUUCUAUAAGUAAUGACAGUCCCAAUUCACCUGCAGCCAGUAACGUGGCUGAUGUUCAGUCAUCAUCGGGAGCCAGCAAUAUUCCUGCUGUAGAAAUUAAUGUUGGAACUAGUGUAGAUUCUAAUGCAACUGUACCAUCAGGUGAUACUGGUAUAGAAAAUGAUUCUAAUAUUGCAUCUAUAGAUACAAAUAAUAAUGCAGCAUCUGAUGCUAGUUCAGUGACUUCUAUAAGUAAUGACAGUCCCAAUUCACCUGCAGCCAGUAACGUGGCUGAUGUUCAGUCAUCAUCGGGAGCCAGCAAUAUUCCUGCUGUAGAAAUUAAUGUUGGAACUAGUGUAGAUUCUAAUGCAGCUGUACCAUCAGGUGAUACUGGUAUAGAAAAUGAUUCUCAUAUUGCAUCUAUAGAUAUAAAUAAUAAUGCAGCAUCUGAUGCUAGUUCAGUACCUUCUAUAAGUAAUGAUAUUGCCAAUUUACCUGCAACCAGUAACGUGGCUUUAGUUCAGUCAUCCUUGGGAGCCAGCAAUAUUCCUGUUGCAGACAUUAAUGUUGGAAUUAGUGUAGAUUCUAAUACAGUUGUGCCCUCAGAAGGACCAAACGUGGUAAUUACUUCAAAUCAAUCUGAUCCAAAUAAUAGUGUUAUACCUGGAAGUAUUGAUACUCCAGUAUUAGAAUCUCAAAGUUCAGGAAUAUCUGAUGUUUCUUCAACAAUUAGCAGCAACGAUGAUUCUGUAGCAAAUAAUCUUAAUAAUGAAGUUAAUAGACCCAUUAGUGACUCACCGGAUAUUAUAAGCUCUGCUCCUUCUGAUAGUAAUAUAGUUACCGACGCUGAUAUUGCCACUACUAAUGUUAAUGCUAUAAGUACUGCAUCUACUGGCUCUGCAGCAAAUGUAAUUGUAGAUAGCAGCGCAAGUGGACCAAAUAUAACUGAAAAUACUUCAUCUAAUAAAGUUAAUGCAGGAUCACAAUCAAAUAGUGAUCCUAUCAUCACAACUAGUGUUGAUAGCUCUGGUGUAUUGAGUAAUGAUAUUGGCGUAGAAAGUAAAACUAAUAUUGCAUCUAUAGAUGUAAAUAACAAUGUUGCAUCUGAUACUAGCUCUGUAUCUUCUAUGAAUAAUGACACUGCCAAUUCACCUGCAGCCAGUAACGUGGCUGAAGUUCAGGCAUCAUCAGGAGCUAACGAUAUUCCCGCUGUAGAAAUCAAUGUUGAAACUAGUGAUUCUAAUAAUGUAGUACUUACAAAUAGCAAUGUCGGAAGUACGGUCAAUGUUGACGAUUUUAUCACUACGGAUGCGCCUAUUAACAACGGAGUUUCAAUUUCUCUAGAAAACAACGUAAGUGAAAGUAACAAUGCUGUCUUAUCAGAAUCACUCAAUCAAAAUGUCAAGGAAAUUUCUCCAUCUACAAAUGCUAAAACUCUUCCAUCCAUCAAUACGAAUGAAAGUAAAAUCGUUGUUACUAUAAGUAACAUUGCGUCUAGUAAUGUGACAGAAGGUCCGUUAUCAUCUGGAGUUAGUGAUGGUACAGUGGUAGGAAUUGAUGGUAAUGUAGUAUCCACAAAUAAAGUUGAAAUGUCAAGUUCAGCGCCAACUUCAAAUAUUAACAGUGGCAUUGAAAACACAGUCAACAUCAUUGAUAUGAUUACAACAGGCGCGCCUUUAAGCAACGAUGUUUCCAUUUCACCUGAACAAAAUAAAACCGAUAUAAACAAUGACAAUAUUUCUGUUUCAAGCACACGCUCUGCAGCUACUGACACUGGUAUUACUACAAAUCAACCAGAUGUUUUCACGGGAAUUAACGUAGUACAAAAUGUUAACAUUACAUACUCAAGCAGUAACAUCGAUAGGAGUGGAAUAUCAAAUAUAAAUGAAUCAAGCCCAUCAGCCGUCAAUAAUGUUACUGUAACAACCGAAUCGAUUAUUUUAAGUACAGUGCAAGAAGCUAAUGAACAGAAUACAAGUGCCGCUGUUGAAGCUUCCACUCAAGCUGAUAUAAAUGAAAGUCCUGCUGUUGAUCCAGGAGUAGCGACUACAGAGACCGAAGCUAUAAUUAACGUUAAUACAGCUUCCAGUGACCCUAUCGCUGAAACACCACUAUCCAGCACUGGAGCCAUCCAAAUUGAUGGAAUCACCGUUCCCGCUGAACAGGGUGCGUCAGUUGUUGAGAUCUUACCACAGUUG